UAUGAAAAGAUGUGACAGUAAAGAAAAAGGUAUUAGGCGUUGCUAACAAAUAAACUGAUUGAUAUUUCUCUCGUUUUGGUAGCUGCUUUUUUUAUUUUGAUUCGAGUGAGGAUUUCAGUGAGUGUGAUUCAGCAGCAUUGAUCCGCAAGUGUCAAUUCCAUCCUUGCGCACUUGAAUUUUGCUCAGUGACUCAACCGCCUUUCGAUUUUUGUGUUGCCAUUUCUUAGCUCCGAAUUCGAAUUGCAAUUUGGAUUGCAUUGAUGCUGUUUUGACUAGAUGGUGUUUAUCCAACGGCGCUCACCGGAGCUCCGGUGAGUUUCUGGCUGAGCUCCGGCGGCUCCUGAAGAGUGAGAUCAGAAGGUAAUGCUGGGUUUCAGGGUAAUAUAGGGCAAAAUGUUCAAGUCGGCGCGGUGGAGGAGCGACAAGAACAAGGUCAAAGUAGUGUUUAAGUUGCAGUUUCAUGCAGCUAAGGUAAAUUUAACUCACAUAUUGUCUGUCUUUAUUUGGAUUAGUGUGUGCGCUUUUUGAGUGUAUGUGGAAAUGUAACUGAAGAUUGAGAAUUAAGCAAAUCAGAUUGGAUCUUGAGCUUUUUGUUUUGGAAUAAUGGUAAUGUGACGUGAGGUGUUGUGAAUUGAUACAGAAAAUGUUUAAGGUGUUGUUUAGUAAUUUUCUGUGAAUUUUGCAAUGGUUUUGAACUAAUACCUGUGUAAGAACAUAUUUGUUCUGUUUAGUGUCGAAAUAGUGAAGGCUUUGAUACAAUGAAGUUGGAAGAAGAGUAAGCUACUUCAGGACUGUUGGGUUUUUCCAUCAUUCUGUUUAGAAUCUUGGGCUGGAGACUUGCAAAAUAGAGGCCGUGAAAUGUGAUUGAACUUGUGAUGAUCAAUCUUUUGGAAUGAUAGGUGUUGCAAAAUGGAGGGGAUGCACUGAUAGUAUCUGUUGUUCCUGCGGAUAAUGGAAAGCCUACAGUUAAAUCGGACAAGGCAUUAAUUCGGGAUGAGAGUUGUUUCUGGGAGAAUCCAGUGUAUGAGACUGUGAAGUUCAGUCGAGAACCCAAAACAGGGAAGAUUCAUGAGAGGAUGUACUGCUUUGUUGUAGGGACGGGAGCGUCUAAAGGUGGAGUUCUUGGAGAAGCCUCAAUUGAUUUCUCAAAUUAUGUGGAGUUAAAUAAGGUUUCCCUGGUUGCUCUUCCCCUCAAGAACUCAAAAACUGAAGCUGUAUUGAAUUUAUCAAUUCAGAGGAUCCAAGAGUCUAUUGGCUGCUGAUUACUGUAAUUAUGUUUUCUUUAUAUUGUUACUUAGCUCGACUGAAUUGAGAGUGUUUCUUGGUCUCGCAGAGAGAUCGAAGAAACUGAGAGUGUAAAACUAUAUAAAGAAAACAGCCUGAAGUCGCAGUUGAACAAUGUCGACGAAGAUGGAACCAUAAAGAGCAGUUCUGAUGAUCUGCCAUUGAACAAGACUGUUACCCACAUCGUUAAAUUCAAUGGCAACCGUCGAACAUCCAGUGGAUCUGAUCUAACGAUUUCAAGCUCUGAUGGCAGUUGUGGAGUUGAGAUACCAUGGCAACCUCAGAUCAAGAAUGGCAGUGCCCAUCAAGAGCCUGCUUCAGUUCUACCAUCUUUGAGGCCGAACUCUGAUACACAACCUUCAGUGCAUGAAGUGCGUCAAAGGUCACAAUAGGAUUGGUCAGGCAAUUCUGCACUUGAAGUUAGUACAGACGACUCAUCUGGAACCCCUAGAGACACCUUUCUAAGGCAUAAUUCGGAUGAAUCCUCGGGUAUUGUGAUUGAGAAGCUCAAAUCCGAAGUUGCUGCUUUAUCCAGACAAGCAGAGAUCUCUGAGUUAGAACUUCAGACACUUCGUAAGCAGAUUGUGAAGGAGAGCAAAAGGGGGCAAGAUCUUUUUAGAGAGCAUGCUUGCUUGAAAGAGGAAAGAGAUGCUCUGAAGGGAGAGAGUGAUAUGCUCAAUGCUUCAAGGAUACGAAUAGACGAAGCAAGAAGUAGAACAAAUUCGCUAGAUGAGGGAGGGGAGCCUUAUGCGAUUGUUGAAGAACUGAGGCAAGAGCUGAAACAUGCUAAAGAACUAAAUGCCAAUCUCAGAGUUCAACUUCAAAAGACUCAGGAAUCAAACUCUGAACUAUUGCUUGCAGUGAAGGACCUUGAGGAGAUGUUGGAGCAGAAAGACGGAGAUGCAUUGAACCUCACAAGUGGAUCAUCGACUAAAGACGUGGAAGAAAAGACUUACAGAGCAGGCCAAAAACAUCGAUUUCUCAAUGACAGUGAUGAUGAAGAACAGAAAGCUCUUGAGGAGCUCGUGAAGGAGCAUGAUGACACCAAGCAAUCAUAUGUUCUAGAACAACAAAUCAUGGACAUGCGUAGUGAAAUAGAAAUCUACAAGCGAGAUAAAGACGAGCUAGAGAUGCAAAUGGAGCAGCUUGCACUUGAUUAUGAAAUCAUGAAGAGAGAACCAUGAAAUGUCAUAUAAGCUAGAGCAGAGCGAGCUUCAGGAGCAACUGAAAAUGCAGUAUGAAUGUACAUCCUCUUAUGCUACUACUCAUGAACUUGAAACUCAGAUAGAAAACCUAGAGCAUGAACUCAGAAGGCAGUCAAAAGAAUCGGCAGAUGCAUUUGUCAAAAUCAGUGAACUAGAAACUCAUGUCAAGAGCUUGGAAGAAGACCUUGAAAAUCAAUUACAUGGAUUUGAAGCUGAUCUGGAAGAUCUUAUGAGCUCAAAAGUGGAGCUGGAGCAAAGGGCUAUAAGAGCUGAAGAUAUAUUGAGAAAGACACGGUCGCAAAAUGCUAGCACAGCAAAAAGGAUUCAGGAGGAAUUUAGAAGGCUUUCGGUGCAGAUGGCGACUACGUUUGAAUCCAAUGAGAAACUGGCUGCCAAAGCUCUAGCCGAAGGAAACGAGCUUCGUCUAGAGAAAUUUCAUUUAGAAGUAGCCAUCAAGAAAACUUUUGAAGAGCAUCAAUCAGUCAAGAGUAGUUAUGAGGAUAGUUUGUGUCAGCUUGCCAGUCAAGUUAAAUCUAUGACUAAUCAAAUAGAAAAGAUGCAGUCAGAAAUCGAUGAUAAAACAUCGCAGCUUGAAUAUCAGAAAAAGCAGACUGAAGAAUCCCAGAGGCUCCUUUCAGUCGAAGUUUUAAAGCUCAAGGAAGAGAUUAGCACAUGUGGGAGUAUGAAUAAAACAUUUUCGGAGGACUUAGGGUGUAAAGAGAUACUCUUGCAUGAGUUGGAACAAAUUAGGAACUCCAUCAAGGAAAUGGACUCGCUUGUGUUGCAAGGGAAUGAAGAAAAAAUUGUUCUACAAAACAGGAUUGCAUCAUUGAAAAAUGAUGCUAAGGACUCACAGAAGGAACUGAAUAAAAUGAGAUGUCUUCUGGAAGAAAAAGAAUUGAUUGUUGGGACUUUGCAGUCAGAGCUAGAGUCCCUUCACUCACAGUACGACGAAAUAAAGCAUUCCCUAUCACAGUAUGAAUUGGAAAAUGAGGAGUUGAGGAAAAAAGUUUCUCAGUUAAAAGAGGACUUGAAGAAAAAUGAAGAUGCCCUCAGAAGCAUGGAGAAGAUGAUGAAGGAUGUAGUCAAAGCAACUUCGGAAACUCUGAAGCCUGUUAUUUGUGGCUCCAUAGAAGUUGCAGAUCUUAAAGAGAGAAUUAAGUUACUUGAGGGUCAGAUCAAGUUAAAGGAAAGUGCUCUGGAAAUAUCAAAUAAUUCAUUUCUUGAGAAGGAAAAGGAACUUCAUCACAAAACCAAAGAGUUAGAACGAAGAAUGGAAGUACUCAACCAAACCACCAUUCAAUAUGAGAAUGGACUUGAAAAGAUAGCUACGAUUUCAGAUGAGCAGGAUCCAAAUGUCAGAUCAAUUGAAGAAGCAACAAAGAAUGAUGAAGAUUCAACCAAUCUCAAUGGCCACAACGACAAUCCACAAGAUGCCCAAGAAUGUCCAAGGCAUCAUAAUGAAUUAACAAAUGAGAUGGAACUAUUGCAAGAGAGGAACAGGUUGAUGGAGGCAGAACUGAAGGAGAUGCAGGAGAGGUAUUCAGAAAUAAGCCUCAAGUUUGCAGAAGUUGAAGGGGAACGACAACAACUCGUAAUGAAAGUACGCAACCUCAAGAACAAGAAAAAUCACCAUACCGCUGCCUAAACUUGUUUGGCACAGUAUGUAGGUAUGUUAACUGUGGCACUUGGGCGGCUUCUUACUGACAGUUUUUGCAGAGUUUUUAAAGAAUAAUUCUUUGUAAAUUGUUAUAUUAUUU